AUCAGUCGUUAAAAUCUAUUUAGAAGCUUUCCACUUUACCGCACACUUGCGCUUACAUAGCUUUUCUGCUUUUCCUGCUACUCUGCAGUAGCAGUAUACGUUGACACACAGUCGUCCAGUUUUACUGAACGACUGUCUAUUCCCAUAUUGCAAAAAACCGUUCAAACCGGUGAUCAACCAUGGAAGACCGAUCUUCUCGCGCCGGAGUAGCGCCGUCCUCCAAUCAGUUUUGGACUCUGGAUGUUGGUCCAAAGGGUACGGCGCAGAUGCGCAAAGUCGAAGAAUUGUGUGUUCCUUCGCGCGCAUGGGUCCAUCUUGUCGAAGAAAUUAGUCCCGGUGCUGGCGUGUUUGGUCCCUCCAAGAGUCGUUAUGCCCUUAAAGAAAUUCCCCGAAAGGACGAGGCGAUAACCGAAGAAAAACUGCAGCACUUGGCUAGGUUGCUCAAUCUCCAGCACGACAACGUGUUGAAAUAUCUCCAUGUACAGAUAGAGAAGUGUUCGGUGCAGUAUACCAGUCCAUUGGAUUUGGUCAUUUUGAUGGAAUGGUGUCAAGUGGGAACUUUAGCAAAAGUUUUCAACAUCGUGCCGGCCUGGUCGCUGGUCCACCAAUUGUCCAGGGACAUGCUAGCCGGCAUCGACUAUAUCCACAAAUACGGGAUCAUCCAUGGUGAUAUUAAACCCGACAACAUCUUUCUUGCUCAUGGGGCCAACAACGACGUCAUAGCAAAAGUUGGUGACCUGGAUGAUUCUGUUGCCUUGUAUAAGGAUGAUAAGAACGUCAAAACUAAAGAUGCCCUCGUGGGGACAUGUAUGUAUCGGUCACCGGAGCGUCUCAGCGCGCGAGGCGACGCAUCCGGUCGAUCGACAAAGGGAUUUACGACCAGCAUCGAUAUCUGGAGUUUUGGCUGUACUGUCCUGUUUCUGGCUUCCCGUGCUGUUGUUUAUUUCCUCAAUCCACAGGGCGAAGAACUGAAGAUAAAAAAAGAUCAAAGCCAAGGCCCUGCACAGAACGGUAGGGAGCUAGAAGCUUUCCUACAAAACGGAGGCCGGCCGUGGGUCCCGAAUGAUACACCUGCACUGCUCCGAUCUUUCAUUCAAAGUUGCAUCGCCGAGGAUCCUCACAAUCGUCCUGACGCUAGUAAACUCCUGUCGCAUCCCUGGAUGAAGUGGGACGCAUGCAGUAGAGAAAUCAAUGGAUUUUGCCAAAAGGACACAAUCAUUAAAUUACGGUCCAACUAUCUUCUGCCGGUGCAUGUCCGAAGCGAAAAAGAACUGGGUGAUACGGCAUGGAGCAACAGCGCCAACUGUGCUGUGCGAAUUCUCGCUCACUUUCAAGCUCCCAAGUUCCGCCUGGAAGAUGCGGAUCGGCUCAUCCAUGAGUGCCCAAAAGGGCUGGACCCUCAGAAGCCAUUUGAUCCAAAGUAUAUUCCAUUCCUCAAAACAUGCCUAAAGGGUCUCUACGGAACAGGGAUGAUCCAUCCAUUGGCAUUGGCCAUCCUGGAGGACGAAGAGGAACGAGCGAGGUUCACGCGGGGAUUACAGCCGGUGGGAGCUCCGUUUCCCCUUUUGGUCACGUGGUUAAAUACGUUUGAGCACGAAUACGAAUAUACCGUGAAGGACGGGGCUACGUGGUCUGACAUUAAGGAGCAGCUGGAUGAAGGUAAGCCUGUGCUGGUAAUGACUCACAGUCGGAUGAUCAAGAACGCAACUCAAGAUAAUGUGAAGGUUUCGCUAUUCGCUGUCGGUAUGCCCGAUACCAUACCGGCUCUCCAUGUCACCAUCAUCCACGGAUACGUGGGAGCGAUCGAAUCUGAUCUGGUUUUGUAUUGUACGAGCUGUUCGGGUGUCAUGGUCGAGGUAGAUUUCCUGGAUUUCUGGAAGCAGUGGGACUGGAAAAUAGAAGACAACCGUUUCAACAUAAUAUUUGAGUUUGCUGGCGUGCGUAAACGCAGCAUGGUGUUUCGGCGGCGAAAACCAUGUAUACUGGAAGAUGAUGUGCUUGAAUAGCCUGGAUGUUCUUUCGUCUUCCUAUAACAGGUUCGCAGAUUACCACGUGAUUCACAUAGUCCCAUCUGCAAUCGCCUCCUGAUAAAUCAUAGGAUACACACUGAAAUACCUUACACAUAUCAAUUUUCUGCAUUGUGUGGAAACUUGUACGUACUCGGAUGCUUUCCUAGGAAAUUUAUCAGAAUGACAGAAAUAUUUUUCUUUAUUAACGUUUUGAUGUUCCUGUUUUUCGACCGUUACUACAUUUGUGGUAGUGGAAAACUG